AUGGCACCAGCGUCUAAGGAACCCGACGCCACCAAACCGCAGGCACAGCCUGAAUCUGGAGAUAAGUCCAAGAAACAGCUCAAAGCCGGUAAAGACGGCAAGGUCGAAGAAGAGGAGCUUUCUGAAGAAGAUGCUCAACUGAAAUCCGAGCUCGAGAUGCUGGUUGAGCGUUUAAGCGAGCCUAAAGAAAGUCUUUAUCAACCCUCUUUGAACGAAUUGAAGAGAUUCAUCAAAGAAUCCACUUCUUCCAUGACUGCGGUUCCAAAACCCUUGAAGUUUUUGCGUCCUCAUUACCCCCAACUGACUAAGCUCCAUUCUGCGUGGACAGAUUUGCAAUUGAAGUCAAGUUUGGCUGAUGUGUUAUCUGUGCUUGGUAUGACAUACUCGUCUGAUGAUCCAAGUGGAUUGUACAAGAGAGAGUGUCUGAAAUACCGUAUGCUUUCCAAUGUGGAUGAAGGAAUUGCUGGGUGGGGCCACGAGUAUUUGCGCCAUUUAGCCUUGGAGAUUGGUGAAGAAUACGAUGAGUUCUUGGAUGAUGGUAAGCCCACGGAUCAGAACGGCAAACUUCUCAAACUGGCUUUGGAGAUCGUUCCAUACUUCCUGAAGCACAACGCCGAGGCUGAAGCUGUUGACUUGCUGUUGGAGAUUGAAGCCAUUGAUAAGUUACCGCAGUUCGUGGAUAAAGAUACCUUUGGUAGAGUUUGUCUCUACAUGGUUGGAUGUGUCCCACUGUUGGCACCCCCAGACGAUCUGGCAUUUUUGCACACCGCGUUCUCAAUUUAUCUUUCCAACGAUCAAUUGACACAGGCAUUAGCGUUGGCCAUCAGACUGGAUGAUGAAUCUUUGAUCAAGUCUGUGUUUGAAGCCACCACCGAUACUCAUAUCCACCAACAGCUCGGUUUCAUACUGGGCCGUCAAAACUCAUGCUUCAAGUGGGAGGACCCUACCGUUCAGGAAUGUAUUUCCAACGUGAGAAUCUCGGAGUUUUUCAACUACUUGGUAAAGGAAUUGAACUUGCUGCAGCCAAAACUCCCCGAGGAUAUCUACAAAUCGCAUCUGGAAAACUCCACUUUGGCUGCCCCUCGUCUUGAGAGCGCAAAACAGAAUCUGGCCUCUGCUUUCGUCAAUGCCUUUGCCAAUGCCGGUUACCGCAAUGAGAAAUUGGUCAAUGAUGAACAUUGGGUCUCCAAGACCAAGGGCGAAGGCCGGUUGUCCACCGCGGCGUCUCUUGGUCUUGUCCACCUGUGGGAUAACGACGGUUUGCAACAGUUGGACAAGUUUUUGUACACAGAACAGGUAGAUGUUACUGCAGGUGCUUUGCUGGGUAUGGGUGUAUCUUCUACCAGUGUUCACGAUGAGGUUGAUGCUGCUUUGUUGAUGUUGAGAGACUAUAUCACCGGCGAAAGUCCCCAGCCUUCGAAGGUUGUUGCUGCCGCAAUCACCGGUCUCGGUAUUGCAUUUGCUGGAAGCGAAAAUGAAGAGGCUUUGAGUCUCUUGCUUCCUCUGGUCACAGACCAAGAGCAUUCUUUGGAGAUCAACUCCCUGGCUGCUCUUGCCCUUGGCCACAUCUUUGUGGGGACCUGUAAUGGUGACAUAACCUCAACUAUUCUACAGACAUUGUUGGAGAGAGACUUUUCGGACUUGGGCUCCAAAUGGGUAAGAUUCAUGUCUUUGGGUCUCGGUUUGUUGUACAUGGGUAAGUACGAGCAGGUCGAAGAUGUCUUGGAUACCAUCGAUGCGAUUGAACAUCCAAUUGCCAAGACCUUGAAGGUUGUUGUUGGAAUCUGUUCUUAUUCUGGAACUGGUAAUGUGCUGCAAAUACAGGCCCUGCUGCAGAUGUGUACUGCCAAGCCCAAAGACGAGGACGAAGAAAAGGAUGACGGAGAUGACAAUGCCGCAGACGAAGAUACUGUGGAAGCUGAGAUCAAGACUGAGGACAAGGAGAAAGCCGAGAACUCGGAGAGCGAUAGCAACAAGGAGUCUACUCCAGAGGAUGAGUCUUUCCAGGGAUAUGCCGUUUUAGGUCUUGCUCUGAUUGCAAUGGGAGAAGAAAUUGGCCAGGACAUGUCUCUGCGUCAUUUUGGUCAUUUGAUGCAUUAUGGUAACCCUCUCAUACGCCGUGCUGUUCCACUGGCCAUGGGACUGGUGAGUGCCGCUAAUCCACAAAUGAAGGUUUUCGACACUUUGUCGAGAUACUCGCACGAUUCUGACUUGGAUGUUGCCUACAACGCGAUCUUCUCUAUGGGUAUCGUUGGUGCUGGUACCAACAAUGCUAGACUUGCACAGUUGCUUAGACAAUUGGCAUCCUACUAUGUGAACGAUCCAGAUGCUAUGUUCAUGGUUCGUAUUGCCCAAGGUCUGAUUCACUUGGGUAAGGGUACUUUGACGGUGACUCCAUUCAACAGUGACAGACAAAUUUUGUCGAAGGUUUCUCUGGCUUCUUUGCUGACUGUUGCUGUCACCCUUUUGGAUCCUGGCGCAUUCAUCCUUGACCAGCACUCUGCUCUGCUAUACUACCUUACGCCAGCUAUACACCCAAGAAUGCUCGUGACUGUUGACGAAGACUUGAACCCAAUCAAGGUCAACGUCAGAGUGGGUCAAGCUGUUGACGUGGUCGGUCAGGCGGGUAAGCCAAAGACCAUUACUGGCUGGGUCACUCAUUCUACUCCAGUCCUUCUUGGUCAUGGCGAACGCGCUGAGUUAGAAAAUGACGAGUAUUUGAGUUUGGCCAGUUCCCUGGAAGGUGUGGUGAUCUUGAAGAAAAACCCUGAUUGGAUGGAUGUUGACGCAUAG